AUGAGUCUCGAUUCGGCAUCAUCGAUGGGCUCAUUGAGUGCACCAGGCGGCAUGUUUCCGCGGCGUUCAAUGACAAUGCGAGCGCCAUCAACUGCAGCUGACGAUUCGCAUUUUCAACCUGUCGCUGUUUAUUUAUAUUCGUUUAAUCCGGAAUCGUUCGAUGACCGAGUGGACGUUGACUUCCAUAAACGGGCAACCACCGAAGAACUGAUCGAAAAAGUCCUGCAACAGAAGGAAGGCAUGCUGUUCUCGCUUAUUACCCCUUUCGCUUUGCAAAUUUGA